AAGUCAGCGGAAUUGAAUCGCGGUAUUCGCGCAGUCUUAUUGGGACCACCCGGAUCCGGCAAAGGUACUCAAGCACCCCAACUUGCAAAACAGUAUUGUGCUUGUCAUUUGGCAACAGGUGACUUGCUACGUGCCGAAGUGGCGUCAGGCUCUGAAUUGGGUAAAAAUCUGAAGAAAACAAUGGAUGCGGGCCAAUUGGUCUCGGAUGAUACAGUGUGUGAGCUGAUCAAUACAAACCUUGACAAACCUGAAUGUAAGAAGGGAUUCAUCUUGGAUGGAUUCCCUCGUACCACCGUGCAAGCUGAAAAGUUAGAUGUUCUGUUGGAGAAACGUAAAACUCCACUGGAUAGUGUCGUUGAAUUUGCGAUUGAUGACGAAUUGUUAGUACGCCGCAUAACAGGCCGUCUCUUCCAUCGUGCUAGUGGACGUUCGUAUCAUGUGGAAUUUAAUCCACCGAAGGUACCAAUGAAAGACGAUAUUACUGGUGAACCUUUGAUACGUAGAUCGGAUGAUAAUGAAGAAACGUUGCGUAAAAGAUUGAUAGCUUACCAUCAGCAGACGGCACCGCUGGUUGGAUACUAUCAAAAAUGUGGCAUUCAUACGAAGGUUGAUGCAUCGCUUUCGUUAGAAGAAGUCGGUGAACGUAUCAAUAAAAUAUUCAGUAAAUACUGCCAUUAA